AUGCGCGCCGUUAUCUCCAUCGCCACAGCCCUCUUCGCUGCCCUCGCGACGGCCCAGAGCUCUGACAACUCCUUCAACAAUCCCGCCGGUGGCUACACCUUCACAGCUGGCCAGACCACCACCCUGACCUGGAAGGCCGACACCCCCGGCACCGUGUCGCUGCGUCUGCAGCAGGCCGGUGGCGUGACGACUGCAGACUCCGGCGUGGCCAUUGCCUCCAACAUCGCCAACUCGGGAACUUACAGCUGGAGCGUGCCCGCAGAUCUGAUCCCCGGCCAGCAGUACACCAUCGAGAUCAUUGACGACGCCGACGAGAACGACUACAACUUCCUGCCCAAGUUCACCGUCGCUGGCGCGACGGGCGCGGCUUCUAGCACGCCUGCCUCGAGCUCGUCUUCUCCUACCAGCACCAGCGCCAGCACGACUUCGACCUCGUCGUCAACUGCGUCCACUAGCGCCACCACUCACACCACUCACACCACCCACACCACCAUGAGCACCAUGAGCACGGCUACCACCGGCUCGUCUCACACCUCCACCAAGUCGUCGAUCUCUGAGUCUGCCUCUAUGACUCCUUCGCAGUCCUCUGUGCCGACCACCAACGCAGGCGUGGCGAACCGCGUCUCGGGCGGGAUGCUGGCUGCUGCUAUCGGUGCGUUUGCAGUGUUGUAA